UGCACAUAACGAAGGAGUUCUACUUCCGCCGCCUUGAGUGUGAGGCCGACCAUUUCCGGUUUGCGACUUCUAUAGCAGCGACACGGCAGAUUUUGAUUGCGAAAGAUGGCAUAUUUCACCCGUUGUCUACAAGGUCUCCCGAAAAUCGACGUGAACGACAUCUACAGGAUUGUCGACCAGUGUUUAUCUGCACCCGGUUGUAAGCGUGAAAAAGGAUUUCGAUUGUACAUUUCAAGUUACAUCCACAACUUUGAAGUGUCCAAGAAAGAUCCAGUGACAGGAGUAGUGUGUGUGAGGGCGUUAUGUCAUCCGUCAAUGGACAGAUCUAAACCACCUCACAUUUUAAGAGUGGGAUAAGUGUAGCGUUAAGAUGGUUACCCAUGUUCCUGGGGUAAUCAUCAUGUUCUUUUGGUUCUUUGCGUUACCCAUGUUCCUGGGGUAAUCAUGUUCUUCUUUUUUUUCUUUUUAUUGCUCUAGGUUAACCACGUUCAUUUGGUUGACCAUGUUCCCCAUUCAUGUUGUAAACGGACAGUGUACGCUUAGUCCUACGUUACUAUGUUAUGUUUUCACUAACAGCAAUCAGUGGUGUAGUAUAGUUUGUUUUUCCAGGUAUACUGAACAUCCCAGGGUAAAGGUGAAACACAUAAGAUGGGUAUAAUAAUAUAAACCUGCUAAGUUUAAGAAGGUAUACUGCAAUCUUGGUACGUGUUAAGUGGGGAUUCUGAGUGUACCUGCAAAUCAAAUAGACUGCUCCACUGACCACAUUAAAAGAAAAAGAUUAUUAAUCCCUUUACUAACAGUGUUUAAAAGAAAAAAGUUAAGAUUUUACUAGCUAUUUUAACAGUGUACAAAAAUAAAUAGUAGCUUACUUGAGUAGCCCAUAUUAAUAUAUGACAAAUCAGAGUUGCCACUUUUUAAAAAAUAUAUUUCUUUUAACAUCUUGUUACAGGUGGGUCUGAAGGACUCCAUCCCUGUUGAGCUGGCCCAUCACAGCUGUACAUGUGUAGCUGGAUCAGUGCUCUGUAACCAUUGUGUGGCUCUACUUUUCCAGUCUGCACAUUAUUCUCAGCUUGACAUUCCAGUUGUUCCUCCAGUGCUGAGCUGUACGGAGAGUGAACAACAGUGGCACAAGCCAAGAACCCUGGGUGUUAAACCAGGUCCCGUCGAGAAGAUGGCUGUGAUGUCUGCCAAACCAAAGCAGAGGACCAUGAUCGAGGGAGUAAAGUCCACAUUGUACAAAGCCAUCAGUGGAGAGGUGCUGGACCUGUCCACUCUCAGUGUGUCAGAGACCUACAAAGAGUUCACCCCUGUUUCUGCACCAACCAUCUGUACAAUGGGUAUCACCUGUGAGGUCCCGCUAGUGGACUCUGCACUCGGUUUGGUACAAGAAGGCAGUCCCCUGUCAUACCAACAACCCAAGGCAAGAAGUGGCCCUUUUGCUCACAUUGAUGCUCCACCACGCCCAGAUUUGCCAUUGGCUGGAUGCAGACUGGAGACAUCAUGCAGUAUGUUUGUUUUCACUGAGCAUCAACAGCUGCACUUCAAGUCACUUGAGGUUACCUGGGAGAUGGCAAACAAAAUAGAAUAUGCAACUAGGGGUCAAAGUACAUCAGCAGACUGGCAUAGACUAAGAAAACCCAGACUCACGUCCUCACAUUUUGGAGAAAUAUGCCAUGCUAAACCAUGCACCUUAGAUAAAAUGGCAGACCGGCUGCUCAAAGGGGUUCGUCAGACUGCAGCAAUGAAGAGGGGUCUCGAAAUGGAAGCUGAUGCCAUUGAAGAGUACUGCAAGCUUAAGAGGGUGAACUACUACCCUUGUGGCUUCAUUAUACACCCCGACACUCCAUGGCUAGGUACAUCCCCAGAUGGGGUUGUCUUUGACCCUACAGAAAGUACUGAAUUCGGCCUUGUGGAAAUAAAAUGUCCAAAUGUUAAGAGCUAUGUGGAUUAUCCUCAUCUGAAAAUGAAAGACGGCAACCUGGAAUUGAAGCAGGGUCAUGGCUACUACUGGCAGGUGCAGGGUCAGCUGCUCCUAACAGGGGUGGAGUGGUGCGAUUUUGUGGUGUUUGCGGAGGAAGACACCCUGAUUCAAAGAAUAUACCGGGACAGUGAUGUGAUGCAAAAAAUAAGAGAGAGAGCAGACUUCUUCUUUUUCUACACAUACCUACGUAAAUAUUUGCUGUAAUAAAAUGAAUUCUCAGUAGAA